GCUAGUGGGAGGUUUCCCUUCUAAUACUGAGGAAAAUGCUCAGUGCCUCAAUCUGAGAGGGAAGGACCCCACCAUCAUUAUGUGCAUGCAGGUUUGUCUUAAAAUAACCUUCUCAUCAUGUGAACAACUUGAAUCCAAACUAACAAGACUACCUCUCUGAUCCUAGAAAUUCUGGGGCAGCUUCAGUACAAAUUCUGACCAGGCAUGACCUUAUCAAGUAAACGAAAUAAUCAGGUGAUUGACAUGGAUUAUACAAGACUGGACAGUGUGCACCAGCAGUGAGGCUCCCCGACUAACAGUUGAAAUCAGUGAGAGCUGUGUUAAGUCGUGGGACCUGAGGACAUCCUGAAGGAUCUGUGAGCAGGGCGGGUGGUGAAGAGGAGCAGCAAGCUGCUAGCAGAGAGGAGCAGUGAGUACCUGGGCAACAGAAAAUGAGAAAGAAAGAGAGGAUCUACAUGAAUACAAAAUGUCUCACUCUUCCUAAGCAGCAGUUGAAUCAAAGACCUGAAAAUGAAGAAAUCAAAGGUUUCCCUGCUCCAGCUCUUCCCUGGAAGAUCAUUGCAGUGAUCCUGGGGAUCUUCUGCCUGAUAUUCUUAGGAGUCUCAGUGGCCUUGGCUAUCAAGUAUCAUUCCUGUCCAGGAUGCCCUGACCAGUGGGUACGAUAUAGAGACAGCUGUUACUACUUCUCCAACGUGAAGAAAGAUUGGAAUUCUAGCCGGAAUUUCUGCUCUGCCCAAGACUCAGGGCUCUUGGUAAUCAGUGACAGCAGGGAAAAGAACCUGUUUCUGGAGAUCCAUACAGAAGAACACUGGAUUGGAUUGACAAAUUUCAAUGGCUCUGGCUGGGCCUGGGAAGAUGGCUCAACGUCCAGCAAUAUAAAGGUCACCUCUAACAGCCCUGUGCAACACUGUGCUGUCCUACUGAAGGGUGCCUUCCAGGCCUCCAGCUGUGCAGUUCCUUUCCCAUGCAUCUGUGAGAAACCCUCCAAGUAACCGCCUGCUGCACUUUCCCACCAAAUAGUCUUCAUUAAAACUCAGCCAAUGGACCUGAAUCAUGAACCCUUUAAAGAUGCUCUAGCUUUGUUCAUGUGGGAUAGGUUUGAUAGUGUUCCUAGGUGGUUAGCAGCAUACACUGCUUUGUGGAAGACCAAAGUUUGAUUCCAGGUGUAAUGUAGGUAUACGAUUGUGUCUAAGCACCUAGUUAAUGCAGCAUCAACUAAAAAAGCUAAAGUUCUUGUUAAUACACAUAUUGUUGAUGAUCUUUGUAUUUGUAUUUUCAGCACAGUAGCUCAGACUACCAGAAAUUAAAAUUUGUUUUAAAAACUUCAUAAAUGAAAAUAAUGGGACAAUAUUAAGUAUUUCUCCUUUGAAGAUGAUACUUCACUGUUAAAUUUGGAGUGAAGUAAGCAACAAGAGUAGGAUUAAACUGGAGAUUUUAUUCAUUCACAUAAUGUUACAGUUACAUGAUAUGUCUUUUGCUCUUUCUUUAGCAGGCUUGCUCUAGUGUUCUCAAGUAAUUAUUACAUUUACUCAUUCCUACUCUAUUUAAUUAAUCUUUAGUUUCAAUACUUUCCCCAAAUGGAGGGAAAUACUCUGUCAUGUUUCAUAUUUCAAGCUAAAUAGAUUUAACAUUUACUCCCCUUUUUUUCUAACACUUACUCCCUUCAGCAAUUAUUACCUAUAAUAGAAGACUAAGAAGAGAUGUGAUAAUGAUCUGUAUAACAAAGAAUGGGACAGGGGAAGCCCUUCAAAAGCAUCUCUUAGCUUGCUCCGAUGAUGUAAUGGAACCAGAGGAUUCUCAAUGAAAUUAAAAAUAUUGUAAAAUGGA